AUGGCGGACGAGGAUACUGUUGUGCGGGGUUACGUACAAAAUAUAGUAUACCUAAGCUUAGCGCUGUUUGUGGGAUAUUUUAUUUUUAAAGGACAGAUCCGCCGAUGGCGAUUACGGUUUUUUGCCUGGUCGCUGGCAAUGCUAGGUUGUAAGAGCAACAAGGUAUUCGGUAAAUAUAAAGUGAAGCUGUUUCAUUCAAUGGAGAAAUUGAAGAACACAGUGGGACCACUGAAAGUUCUGGAGAUCGGAGCAGGAGGAGGUGUUAACUUUCAAUUUUAUCCUUCGGGCACCAAAGUAACCUGUUUAGACCCUAAUCCUUACUUUGAAUCUUACACUGAGAACAAUGUUAAGGACUCUCGUGGUGUAAAGUUGGCUGGUUUCAUCCGUGCUUACGGAGAGAACAUGGCGGAAAUCUCGGACUGUAGUUUUGAUGUCGUCGUCAGCACACUCGUUUUGUGCUCGGUCUCGGAUCCGGAUCGUGUUCUGAAGGAGGUCAAGAGAGUUUUAAAACACAAUGGUAAGUUCUAUUUCAUGGACCAUGUAUGUGCACACAAUAAAAGAGGCAUCAUCUACUUCUUUCAACGUUUGUUAAGUCCGAUAUGGCGUUUGAUUGCUGAUGGAUGUGAACUGACCAGGGAUACUGGGUCUUCUGUUAAGGCAGCUGGAUUCAAGUUACUAGACAUGCAACAAUUCACAGCACCAACAAAAUUAUGUGUUAUAAAACCUUGUUGUAUGGGUAUUGCCACCAAAUAAAGCAUUAAGUUAUAAGAACAUAUAUUCCUGUCUAAAGAGCUCUUAGAUUUAUAGGACAUGGAUUUUCUCUAUAUGAUGCACUCUAUAAAGGUAUGGGGCUCAAGGUUUAAAGACUUUUGUCUAUAUGUUGCACAUUUAGAGCUAUGGGGCUCAAGGUUUAAAAGGACAUUGUCUGUAUGUUGCACCAUAUGGAGCUAUGGGGCUCAAGGUUUAAAAAGACAUUGUCUGUAUGGUGCACAUUUAGAGCUAUGGGGCUCAAGGCUUAAUAAGACAUUGUCUGUAUGGUGCACAUAUAGAGCUAUUGGGCCAAGGUUGAAAAAAGACAUUGUCUAUAUGUUGCACCAUAUGGAACUAUGGGGCCAAGGUUGAAGAAAGACAUUGUCUAUAUGUAGCACCAUAUAGAGCUAUGGGGAUCAAGAUUUUCAGUAAAAUAUAGGGUGUGCUUGUAAGGAAAUGAAUAAGGUAACUCCCAG